UGUGUAAUUAGCCCAAAGCGCUGCCAUCUAUUCGCUUAUCAUCGCCCUUGGCAUCAUCGAACUCAUUAUUUCGCCCCCCGCCAUCACUCCUCCUCGUAGAUGGCGACGACGCUCCGUCGCCGUUCGAUCGCUGCCCUCAGCAACGGUCGAGGCGUCAUGGCCGUCCUCUUCCUGCUCGCGCUGCUUCCUCUCACCCCCCGGUGCGCCGCCCAGUCCUCGACCCCGAGCUCCCACGAUAGCGGCCCGACCAACCCCACCACCCUAAGCCCUUCGACGGCCACCAUCAUCGCAGUCCUCAUCAGUGCCUUCUUCUUCCUCGCCUUCUUCUUUGUCUACAUCCGCCAGUGCGCCAACGACAACGACCCGUCGAACCAGCAUGUGGGGUACGAAGCGGUGGCCCGGUCGGGGCGGCGGCGCGGGGCGGUGGGGAUGAGCCCGGAGGUGCUGGAGAUGUUCCCGAUGAUGUCGUACUCGGACGCGAAGGCCCUCAAGGUGGGGCGCGGCACGCUGGAAUGCGCGGUGUGCCUCAGCGAGUUCGAGGACGACGAGACACUCCGCCUGCUCCCGGGCUGCUGCCACGUCUUCCACCCCGAGUGCAUCGGCGCCUGGCUCGCCUCCCACGUUACUUGCCCCGUCUGCCGCUCCGACCUCUCCACCGUCUCUCUCGAGCAGCCCCCCGCAUCCUCCGCCGCGGCGCCGGCGCCGGAUCACGUCGUCGUCGUCGAUCAGUCCCCGACAGAGGAGGAGACGAUCGAAUUGACCCGGAUAGGGAGCGAGAGGCGGGAGGCGCGGUCCAGAAGGGGGCGGCGGUCGACGAAGCUUCCACGAUCUCACUCGACCGGGCACUCAGUGGCGCAGCCCCAGGAAGGGGAGGACGUCGACCGAUACACGCUGCGGCUACCGGAGCACAUACGGCGGGAGAUCUUCGCUGCCCGUAAAUUCCACCGGUCCACGAGCUGCGUCGCGUUCCCGGUCGCCGGGGAAGGGAGCUCGCGUCCGGGGUACCGCGGCGGUGCUGCCGCGGGAGGUGAGGGGAGCAGCCGCGGGGGGCGGAGCGUGCGGGCAGGGGUUUCAGACCGGUGGCCGUCGUUCCUCAUCCGGACGCUCUCCUUCACCAUCCCGGCCUGGAAGAGAGGGGACAACGAAGGGUCGGUGAAGAAGGGGGAGGCGGAGGGUUCCUCGAGGGGGAGGUUCGGUGGCGUGAGGACCCCUUUCGACUGCCUGGGCGGCGGCGGAAGGGGCGACGCUCCAGGUGACGAGCGGGGGCCCACGCAGUGACCCGGUGAUUUUGACCGAGUCAAGAUAAUUUUGAGUAUUUUUCUUUUCAGAAAUAAUUAUUUUACUCCCGUCGGUCAUCGCAUUUCGUCGUGCCUCCACUCGCGCCUGGCCGCACCUACGCCCCGCCGGUCGCCCCCCUCCGCCCGGCUCCUGGUAACCUCGCUCGUCGGCCACCGUCGUGGUCGACUACGGCCCUCACGCAAGGAACUCCGGGUGGAGCACGACCGUCGUGCGAGGAAGGAGGGAUCGCCCGUAAGCCUUCACACGAUCGGCGUGUUGGCAAUCAUUGGCGAGGGAGGAGGCAGAGAAGUACGGAGAGGGAGAAGGCGGCGGUGGGUCGGGUCCGACAACGAGGAACGAGGCCAGUGGGGUCUUCGGACGUGCCCGUGGCCGUCGUGUCCCCUCUUAGCUUGUGUGAGGGCCGCGGUACACGACAAGGAUUGGUGGGCCAGGUGGUCACUGUCGGCUAGGGCUUGGUUUACAGUGUUCGGAGGUAAAAUAGUCUUUUCACUGCGAGAAAAACUCUUUAAGUUAGAAACUUGUUUCAAAAAAUUGCCCCAUAUAUUAUGAUACAAGCUUAAUUAUAUA